GUUGCAGACGAGGCUUGGAUCUGGCGUUGCUGUGGCUUUGGCAUAGGCCGGUGGCUGCAGCUCUGAUUAGACCCCUAGCCUGGGAACCUCCAUAUGCUGUGGGUGCAGCCCUAAAAAGACAAAAGGCAAAAAAAAAAAAAGGGUGUAGGCUAGAAGCUAAAGCUUGAGAGUCAUCCUUGCUUUACUGUGAAAUCUUAUGUGACUACAGUGAUGUGCAGUGACCACUCUGUAACUUUCAUACUGGUAGUCUAUACCUUUUACUGGCUUCUCCAUCCUGACUUCUACCUACUAAUGUUCAUCAAGUUUAGAGGCUGUAGACUAAUAUGAGACAAAAUGUAAGGCACUUGAGAGCUAGGGAUAUCAUUUCUCUCCAGUAUUACUUAGCCUUGAGCAUAAACCUAGGCAUUGAGCAGUUAUUAGGGCUUACUUAUAGAUUAAUAAGGCAUGACUCCAAAUAAUCUCUGCUGCUUUCCGAGUGUCUGAAAUCCACCAUCAAAGUCCUUCCUUUAGGUUAACACAGUAGUGUCCAACUUGCAUUAGAGGCAGAAACUACACCCCCACUCCCCAACAAAUUGGAGAAGGGGGAGAGAAUGAGUAGAGGCCCGGAGUCUGCCUGAUGGACCGCCCCCCCCUUCUCUUUCCUUUCCCAAGCAGCCCCUAAGCUAAAGCAUCAUAUCUAGAAGAUUCCUAUAAAUAAUGGAAAUGUUACCUAACAGAGUGAGGAGCCCUAAGCACCCAGCGAAAGAACAGGAAGAGAGAGAGUGGGGCUAGGUGGAAGAUUUGAGUACUCACCUUGGCUUUUUUCUUUUCUUUUUUUUUUUUUGGCUGAGCCCACAGAAAUUCCCAGGCCAGGGACCAAACCCACACUAUAGCAGUGACCCCAGUCACAGCACUGACAACAACAGAUCCUUAACCACUAGGCCACUGAGGAACUCCUUCGUCAUGAUUUUGCCAACAAGUUACUGGACGACUCUGAGCAAGUCACUUCACUUCUAGAGUUCAAGAUAAAACUGUGGCUCGCUCUUCAAAAAGAACUGUGAACACCAACUGAAAGGGCAAGCAUGAAGGUGUUUUUGCAAAGUGAAAAAUGUGAGUGAGAUUGAUUAUUAAAGGAUGGUCAAUGCAUAUCUGAAAAAUGCAGGUAAGAUCACACAGAACAAAAGUAAUCUACUUCUUGGAGUUCCCGUCGUGGCGCAGUGGUUAACGAAUCCGACUAGGAACCAUGAGGUUGCAGGUUCGAUCCCUGGCCUUGCUCAGUGGGUUAACGAUCCGGCGUUGCUGUGAGCUGUGGUGUAGGUUGCAGAAAUGGCUUGGAUCUGGUGUUGCUGUGGCUCUGGCGUAGGCCAGUGGCCAUGGCUCCAAUUAGACCCCUAGCCUGGGAACCUUCAUAUGCCGUGGAAGCGGCCCUAGAAAAGGCAAAAAGACCAAAAAAACAAAGCAAUCUACUUCCCAAAUAUUACAUGUAUGCCUAGGCGAAGUCCUUUAGACUUUAAAAAGCAGUAGUUUGAGCUGAGAGAUAAAAAAAUAGAGUUUUGGGAGUUCCCUGGUGGUCGAGUAAUCGUAAGAAUCCAGCGUUAUCACUGCUGCGGCACAGGUUCAGUCCCUGAUCUGGGAGCUUCUGCAGGACGAAGGCAUGGGAAAUAAAUAAAUAAAUACAUAGGGUUUUUACAGGGGCCUAAAGAAAGACAUCAGUAAGGAAAAUCCUGUGGUCUGGGUAGAAGAUGAUGCAGAAAGGCAGGUCUUUAAAAAUUUAGGAGAAAGUGGUUGGCCUUGACAGUUGACAUUAAAUUUUCCAAAUAUAACAUUUAGUAUCACUACAUCCUAGUUCAAAAGCGUGGGAUGACUUGCUGACCCAACACUCUUGUCCCCUUUUUUUUUUUUUUUUUUUUUUUGUCUUUUUCUAGGGCUGCACACUCAGCAUAUGGAGGUUCGCAGGCUAAGGGUCCAGCUGGAGCUACAGCCGCUGGCCUACGCCAGAGCCAAAGCAACGCCAGAUCCCAGCCGAAUCUGCGAGCUACACCACAGCUCACGGCAAUGCCAGAUCCUUAACCCACUGAGCGAGGCCACAACCUCAUGGUUUCUAGUCAGAUUCGUUUCUGCUGCACCACUAUCAGAACUCCUCAUCCCUUUUCAUACUCCCGAUUGUGGCUCUUCACCUUAUAUGCCUCUGCAUUGAUUGUUAAUGCCUUCGCAUCCUGUAACAACCAGGUGAAAUGAGUUACUCCUAGGGAAUGAUUUGCUCUUUUAUCUAUGAAUCCAUUUCUUCUCAUGAUAGCAGUUAAUGCAUUAAGGAGUUCCUGUUGUGGCUCAUCGUUAACAAAUCCGGCUAGUAUCCAUGAGGAUGUGGGUUCAAUCCCUGGCUCUGCUCAGUGGGUUAAGGAUCCAGCGUUGCCAUGAGCUGUGGUGUAGGUCACAGACGCAGCUCAGACCUGUUGUUGCUGUGGUGUAGGCCAGCAGCUGCAGAUCCAAUUCAAUCCCUAGCCUAGGAACUUCCUUACACCCCAGGUGCAGCCCCUAAAAAGACAAACAAACAAAACAGGAAUUCCCAUCAUGGCGCAGAGAAAACAUAACCAUGAGGUUCGAUCACUGGCUUCGCUCAGUGGGUUCAGCAUCCAGUGUUGCCGUGGCUGUGGCGUAGGCCAGCAACUAUAGCUGAUUAGACCGCAGCCUGGGAAACUCCAUAUGCUGCAGGUGUGGCCCUAAAAAGCAAGUAAUAAUAAUAAUAACAAUGCGUUGUUUUUUUGGUUUUGCUUUUUUUUUUCUAACCAUUCUGACCAUUAAACUCGAGAAACACAUCUUGGAUCACCUUUGUAUCCUCUAGUGCCUAGACAGGGAGCCGAACACAGCAGGUAUUCAAUAAAGAUCUGCUAAAUUGGGUUAUGUCACACAUGUCCUCAGUAGAUACAGAGGCAAUGGGAGUAUUCAGGUGUAGCUCUAGGUUUUACCCUCAAAGUGGGUGGGAAGAGUCUUGCUUAUUGUUAACUUAGAAAAUUAGCACAUUUCUCCUCAAUUUGUUGAUUCUCUUGCUUAAUGAGUCCCCCCCUCCCCGGCAAAAAAACACCUAAAUCAAAAUUAUUGCAAGCUUUACAUGGGGGCAACAGUGAGAACUAAAGGAGAUCUUGGUUCUCCUGAGAACUAUAGUACAAAGUACACUUUUCUCCCAGGCCAAGGAAAGUCUGGUCAGUAAUUCUAUUAAUUCUAUUAAUGAAUCUAAUCAACUGACCAUCAGAAGGUGGAUUUGGGAGUGAGGGUAGGUAACAAGGAGCAUAAAAAUAAAAGAAACAGCAAAUUCCCUUGUGGGUUAAAGAUUGGGCAUUGCUGCACAGGUUGGAUUCCUGGCCCAGGAACUUCCACAUGCCGUGGAUGCAGCCAAAAAAAAAAAAAGCAAAAAAGAAAAAGAGGAGUUCUCGUAGUGGCUCAGUGGUUAGCUAAUCUGACUAGGAACCAUGAGGUUGUGGGUUCGAUCCCUGGCCUUGCUCUGUGGGUUAAAAGAUCCGGCAUUGCCGUGAGCUGUGGUGUGGAUCACAGACGCGGCUCGGAUUCUGCGUUGCUGUGGCUGUGGCGUAGGCCAGUGGCUACAGCUCCGAUUCGACCCCUAGCCUGGGAGUGGCCCAAGAAAUGGCAAAAAGACAAAAAAAAAAACUGGGGACAUGUGAAGUUGGGGCAAAUUAUGGGCAAGGAGAUACCAAAAAAACCCAAAAACAAACAAACAAACAAAAAAAGAAUAAGAAAGAUAAAAUAGUGAUAGUUUACAUUUUUGGUAUGAUUACUGGUGCCUAUAACUAUGCCUAAAGUUUUACUUGCAGUUUCUCAUUCAAUCCUUACCACUUUGAGAAAUACAAUUAUCAUCCUAUUUUAUAGAGAUGGUAAGACUCCUUAUUAGCUGUGUGAUCUUGGGUGAAUUACUGGGUAACAACUCAACUGCAGAUUUCUUCUCUAUAAAAUAGGAUGAUGAUUGUAUUUCUCAAAGUGGUAAGGACAGUCUUACUCCAGCAUCCAGAGAGGGUGCUAUUAAACAUUUGACAUAUAAAUUACAUCUUAAUCUAAUUAACUGCUCACCAAAGCUUUCUAGUAAUACAGCUUCCCAGGAGGCUCUCCUAUGGAGAGAGAACAUGCCUUUUGCUAGCAUGUGAGCACCAGUCCACUUCCCAGUUAGUAAAAAUGUCACUCUGCUUAUCAAUCAAGCUGCUGUGAAGCUGACAAGUCCCUAAGGAAGCUGAAAGGCACCCUCAAAGCUGAGGGCCAGAUCUUGGAAAGUGGUAACUUCACCAGUGCCAUGUGGAAAGCUGACAGCCUUGUCCCCUGAACUCCUGUGGACUGCAAACCUGAGACGAUCAAUGGGAAGAGCCCUUUCCUAAAUCACUGGGUGGUUUUAAAUCACCCCAGUUCUCAUUGGUGAGAUAAUCCUGGAUAGUACUGCAGGGAACAAACCUGUCCUUAUUUUUAUCAUUCCACCUGUUCCACAUGCUCUCAUCAUAUUACUUUUCCUUCUUGGUUUGUUUCUGUCCAGCCUGAAACAUUCUAUCCUUUUCUGUACCUUAGUCUUUGGGGCUAAUUCCGCAAAGGGGGACAUAUCACCAUUUCCUACAAAAAGAACAUGUUUUCUUUUGUUCCUUCCUAGUGUUCCUCAUCAUUUUCUUAGCCGUAUCAAACCAGCACAUAGGAUCUUUGUCUUCAGAGUGCAGGCUCUACGGCCCACUGGACCCCAAUCCUGGCUUCUAACUAAUGUCUCAGAGGUCAUAUAGUUGUAAUUAUAGUUGAUAUUAUAAAUAUAGUAGUCUUAGUCCGUUAGGACUGCUAUAACAAAAUACCACUGACUGGGUGGCUUAUAAACAGCAGCUAUUUACUGCUCACAGUUUUGGAGGCUGGAAAUCUGAGGUCAAGGCAUCAACAUGGUCAUUUUUUUUUUUUUAAACAUGGUCAUAUUCUGGUGAAGGCCCUUUUCCUGGUUCAUAAUUGGUGCCUUCGUGCUGUAUCCUCACAUGGUGGAAGGGGCUGAGGAUCUCUACAAAGCCUCUUUUUUUUUUUUUUUGCGGGAGGGCAUCUGAGGCAUGUGGAAGUUCCCAGGGGUUGAAUUGGAGCUGUAGCUGCCAGCCUAUGCCACAGCCACAGCAACAUCAUAUCCGGGUUGUGUCUGUGACCUAUACCCCAGUUCACAGCAACGCUGGAUCCUUAACCAGAUGAGUGGGGCCAGAGACUGAACCCAUGGCCUUAUGGAUACUAAUUGGGUUUGCAUUACCUGAGCCACAAUGGGAACUCCAGAAACUAAGAAUUUAAAUGCAAGUGAGUUUUGUUUCUAGUACAUAGUUCCUAAGUAUACAGGAGGUGUUUGGAGUAGAGGGUGAAAGAAAAAUGCAAAUAUUCUAGAGGUGUCUGGUAAUUCCUCUAAGUUCAUCUUUUCUUUCUUUUUCUUUUUGGCCAUGCCCUCAUGGCAUGCAGAAGUUCCCAGGCCAGGGAUGCAACCCUGGACACAGCAGUGACCAAGCCACAGCAGUGACAAUGCCAAAUCCUUAACACACUGAGCCACCGGGGAACUCCCUAAGUUUGCCCUUUCUUUCUGCUUCAGUCCUCAGGUUGAUAAGAGACAACUGGAAUCACUUAGUUUCUAGAAAAAGGAGUCCCAUGAAAAUUUCCAAAUACUUCUAAAAUAGUCACAUAAAGCAAGUACCUGAGAUUAGAAAUCAGAAAACUUGGAUCCUGGUACUGAGAAACCAAAUUAUCCCUUUUCUUCAUGUCUGUACCCAAACAGCUGAAUGUUGCUGGAGAAAAACCACACACUGGGCCAACUGGUUUAACUUUAAACUCAUGAUCACAAACUUUAAAUGGGCACUGAUUUCACCAAGACAGUCCUCCUAGGAAAAGUGCAAGCUUGUUUUCUCUCUCCCCUGUAUUUGCAUCCAUCUUCACCUUUGUUAUCCUAAUUACCACAGUAGAAGCAUCCUGUUCCUAUCGGGUCAGUCUGCCCAGUUUCCUUAUACCGUUCCAUGGAUCUCAUCCUGAUUUAAGUCAAGCGAGCCCUUCACUCUCCUGUAUCACUUCCAAUAGCAAAUAAAGAUGCUCUAGAACCCUUUGGUUUUUUUUUUUUUUUUUUUUUUUUUGGCUUUUUGGCUUUUUGGGGCCACACCUGUGCCACAUGGAGGUUCCCAGGCUAGGGGUCCAAUCAGACUGUAGCAGUCGGCCUACACCACAGCCACAGCAAUGCAGGAUCUGAGCCACAUCUUCGACCUACACCACAGCCCACAGCAGCGCUGGAUCCGAGCCUUGUCUGCAGCCUAAACCACAGCUCACAGCAAUGCCCUAUCCUUAACCCACUGAGCGAGGCCAGGGAUCAAACCCCUAGUUGUUUGUUAAUCCCUGAGCCACAAGAGGAACUCCAGCUUAUGCAGUUUUAAAACAUCUGACUUAGUUGCCAGCACCUGGAGAUUUUACACACACACACGCACACGCACAGACACAGACACACACACAAACAUCCAGAUUUUCUUUAAAAAAACAAAGCAAAAACAAACCCAGAUCUGUCAACAUUGGGUUAGCAUUCUCAUAAUGGAACAAUCAGCUCAAUGGAGAAGUGUCCCCUAGAUGCUGGGUCCGUUUGUUCCCCGAGAUCUAAGGUAAGGAAGUAAAGAAUAUAGUCCUGAGUUGGAUUCCCUUAUGGGAACCAAAGCUCUCCUCCCUGAACCAUCAGAACAUCUUCCAGUCGGUCUUUAGUGAACUUUAUUGUCAACUGGCUAGACUCCGCAGGUGCAUAGUAAGGGUGGGAGGGCGACCGCAUGGUGAGGGGCUGAAGGACUCCGCCCACAGAGAGCGUAAUAGUUCUCGGGCAAAGAUAAGAAAUAUACGUUUUAAAACACAGAUUUACACCGCGCCAAAUACAAAAAGCGCUUUCGGCAAAACACUGCUAGGAUCGUGUUAAAGCAUAAAGUCUGGCCUUCCGUCGGCCUCUCCGGGAUGAAGUGGCCUGGGCACCUAAGAAGCCCUAGCCCUCUUCUGUGAUACCCCGUAUUAGGAGCCCUCUUGAAGGGCGGAGAGAUCCCCAAAGCCACUGGGCAAGGACUGCCCUGCUCGCCGUGACUCGCGGGCGUUGGAUCGUUUCUGAGGAGCUGGGAGUGAGAGGGGAUCCGCCCGGCCUUAGCGGGUGGCGGGUAGCAGUGCCGCGCUCCUCUCGGAGGGCGGGUCCCGACCGGCUAGGGCGGAGACUGGGGCCGCGCCCCGCCCAAGAGCCGCCUCAGCCCCACAGCCUAGUCCCGCGCGCGCUUCCUCCAAACACCCUCCCUCCCACCCCCGCCCUUACUGAUUCAGGGCGGGAGACCGCAGCUAAGGAACCAGGUCAACAGGACCGGGUUCCUGGACCGCCCAGAGGCGACGGCACCUACUCAGGAAGCCCCACCCCGCGGGUGCCCGGACAUCGGGUGCCCUCAGAGCCCACGCGGGACGAGUCGAGAGCGCGUGCGGCGUGACGCGACCCGCAGCGCGUCCCGUGACGCCAUCGCGCCCGCUUUUGAAAGUUGGCGCCCGGGGCUGCCUCCCAUGCUGCCCUGCGCCAACCCCUCCCCUCACCUUUCCUCCCCCGCCCUCCACUAGUCGCCCGGCCGGCCCCCCCCAACCCGUCCCUUCCCUUAUCAGCACCCGCGGCCCCGGCAGCGCCGACGCAGGCGCACUGCACCGCGCCGCCGCCAUUUUGUGUCCGAGCCUGUGGAGCGAUUAAACCGUGCGCGGAGCUGCUUCUUUGGCGGCAGCGGCGGCGGCGGCAGCCCGUGCGGGUGCGCGGAGCUGGCUAGAGACGCCGGGUGGCCGGAGCGGUGGAGCGGCGGCGGAGCGAGCGCUGCGGGGGGUGUGGCGCGGAGAAUGGUAGCAGACCUGGGGCCAAAGAACAAGAUGCAGUAGUGGACAGAUUGCUGACCAGGGGAUUGAGAACUGAGUUCUGUUUGCCCUCCUCAAACUGACUUUGCAACCACGGAGAGGGCCACACCCUCAGCAUAUGAAGUUGAAUUGAAACUAUAGCUGCUGGCCUACACCACAGCCACAGCAAUGCCAGAUCUUUAACCCACUGAGCAAGGAAGGGGAAAUGGAAGGUGAGGCGGUUGAAGCCAUUGUGGAAGAGUCUGAAACUUUCAUUAAAGGAAAGGAGAGAAAGACUUACCAGAGACGCCGGGAAGGGGGCCAGGAAGAGGACACUUGCCAUCUACCCCAGAACCAGACUGAUGGGGGUGAGGUGGUCCAGGAUGUCAAUAGUAGUGUACAGAUGGUAAUGAUGGAACAGCUGGAUCCUACCCUUCUUCAGAUGAAGACUGAAGUAAUGGAGGGUGCAGUUGCACCAGAAACGGAGGCUGCUGUGGACGAUACCCAGAUUAUAACCUUGCAGGUUGUAAAUAUGGAGGAACAGCCUAUAAACAUAGGAGAGCUGCAGCUUGUGCAAGUACCCGUUCCUGUGACAGUACCUGUUGCUACCACUUCAGUAGAAGAACUUCAGGGGGCUUAUGAGAAUGAAGUGUCUAAAGAGGGCCUUGCAGAAAGUGAACCCAUGAUAUGUCACACCUUGCCUUUGCCUGAAGGGUUUCAAGUGGUAAAAGUGGGGGCCAAUGGAGAGGUGGAGACACUAGAACAAGGGGAACUUCCACCUCAGGAAGAUCCUAGUUGGCAGAAAGACCCAGACUAUCAGCCACCAGCCAAAAAAACAAAGAAAACCAAAAAGAGCAAAUUGCGUUACACAGAGGAGGGCAAAGAUGUGGAUGUAUCUGUCUAUGAUUUUGAAGAAGAACAACAGGAGGGCCUGCUGUCAGAGGUUAAUGCAGAGAAAGUGGUUGGUAACAUGAAACCUCCAAAACCAACAAAAAUUAAAAAGAAAGGUGUAAAGAAGACAUUCCAGUGUGAGCUUUGCAGUUACACGUGUCCACGGCGUUCAAAUUUGGAUCGGCACAUGAAAAGUCACACUGAUGAGAGACCACACAAGUGCCAUCUCUGUGGCAGGGCAUUCAGAACAGUCACCCUUCUGAGGAAUCACCUAAACACACACACAGGUACUCGUCCUCACAAGUGCCCAGACUGCGACAUGGCCUUUGUUACUAGUGGAGAAUUGGUGCGGCAUCGUCGUUACAAACACACCCAUGAGAAGCCAUUUAAGUGUUCCAUGUGCGAUUAUGCCAGUGUAGAAGUUAGCAAAUUAAAACGUCAUAUUCGCUCUCACACUGGAGAGCGUCCUUUCCAGUGCAGCUUGUGCAGUUAUGCCAGCAGGGACACAUAUAAGCUGAAAAGGCACAUGAGAACUCAUUCAGGGGAAAAACCUUACGAAUGUUAUAUUUGUCAUGCACGAUUUACCCAAAGUGGUACCAUGAAGAUGCACAUUUUACAGAAGCACACGGAAAAUGUGGCCAAAUUUCACUGUCCCCACUGUGACACUGUCAUAGCCCGAAAAAGUGAUUUGGGUGUCCACUUGCGAAAGCAGCAUUCCUACAUUGAGCAGGGCAAGAAAUGCCGAUACUGCGAUGCUGUGUUUCAUGAACGCUAUGCCCUCAUCCAGCACCAGAAGUCACACAAGAAUGAGAAACGCUUUAAGUGUGAUCAGUGUGAUUAUGCCUGCAGACAGGAGAGGCACAUGAUCAUGCACAAGCGCACCCACACAGGGGAGAAGCCUUAUGCCUGCAGCCACUGCGACAAGACCUUCCGCCAGAAACAGCUCCUCGACAUGCACUUCAAACGCUACCACGAUCCCAACUUUGUCCCUGCGGCCUUCGUCUGUUCUAAAUGUGGGAAAACAUUUACACGCCGGAAUACCAUGGCAAGACAUGCUGAUAAUUGUGCUGGUCCAGAUGGUGUAGAAGGGGAAAAUGGAGGAGAAACAAAGAAGAGUAAACGUGGAAGAAAAAGAAAGAUGCGCUCUAAAAAGGAAGACUCCUCUGACAGUGAAAAUGCUGAGCCAGACCUGGAUGACAAUGAGGAUGAGGAGGAGCCUGCAGUGGAAAUUGAACCAGAGCCAGAGCCUCAGCCUGUGACCCCAGCCCCACCACCCGCUAAAAAGCGGAGAGGACGCCCCCCUGGCAGAACCAACCAGCCCAAACAGACCCAGCCAACAGCCAUCAUUCAGGUGGAAGACCAGAAUACAGGUGCAAUUGAGAACAUUAUAGUUGAAGUCAAAAAAGAGCCAGAUGCAGAACCCGCAGAGGGGGAAGAAGAGGAGGCCCAGCCAGCUGCCACAGAUGCCCCCAACGGAGACCUCACGCCUGAGAUGAUCCUCAGCAUGAUGGACCGGUGAUGGCGGGGCCUCGCUCAUUGCCAGGACUGCUCUGGGCUGUGUUUAAACGGCCCGCAUCUUAAUUUUUCUCCCUUUCUUCUUUUGGCUUUGGGAAAAGCAUCAUUUUACCAAACAUACUGAGAGCUAAAACUUCAAGGAUGAUGUUAGAAAAAUGUGAUUUAACUAGAACUUGCUGUUUGAUGUUAGCAAAUCAUGGAGUGUUCUGAGUCCCUGAGGGUUUACUGUGAAGUGCUGAGGACAGUGUUGACGCCUAACUGGUUUUCUUGGAUGGAAACACAGACAUUGAACCCUCUCUCUUGCUAUGGUAAACCACUCCAGAAACCACCACCGGGUUUCCCAGAGUUCUAUGGUCUUCUUCCCAGGAGUUUUUAAUUGUAAAUGCGGACUUGGGAAAGACUUAGACUUUUAAACUGGUUUUUGCUUUUGCUUUUCCCUGACUCCCUUUGCUUGGAGUCAGCUGCACACCAGUAGUAUGGCAUGCUACGGUCGGUUUCUGUCCUAAAGGCUUUGCCUCUUUCUUGGCAAAGUUUCUGGUAUGGUCAAGCUUGUAAAUAACUUUUUUUACAUUUUAAUCUUUUCCAUUAAUUAAGAGGUUGAAAAGAAGUGCAGUGUAAGAAAACCCAGCAUUUUAAUUACUUGCAAAUUAAGUUACCACAGACUAUAAUAUAUAAAUGUUGACAAGGAAUUGGAUCACAAUCAUGUAGCAGAACGGCACCCAGACUGCUGCCUGCUAGUGACAGACAUCCACUUGGAAGAUCGUGAUUUCCAGCCCGUGGAGCCAGCAUUUGAACCUUGUACAAUUAACUUUGAGUUAUGAUUUCCCAUCUACAUUUUCUUUGCUUUGUUUCUAGCUGAAUUUUGUGUUUUAUAAAUCCUCUAUUAAAGCAGAAGGGUGAUUAUGAGUGGGUCACAGCAGCCCUUAAAAGCUGGGCCAGAAAAUUUCACUAGGUCAGUAAUUUAAACUUUGGAUCUUCAAAAAAUAAUAAUGUGAAGCAAAACCAACUAAAGUGAUUCUUGCACAUGAACUGUCACAUGUUAAAAAUGUGUUUUUUAGAGAGCCUCAGUCUUGCUGAUUUCAGACACUUUUUUCUUCUGUGUAUUGCUUUUAAGAGAGCCAUCAGUUAGCUAUCAGACUUUAGGUUGAUGCAUUUUGUACUUAGCUGUACUGUGUGAUAUUUUUCAUUAUUUUAGGACGCCAACACGAGACCUGUAAUAAAAUAUGUAAUGGGGUUGAAAGCUGGGGAGGAGGAUCUACUGCUGUACAGCUAAUAAAUCAUAACGGAUUAACAAGUGCUCCAUA